AUAUCCCGCUGACUAACAAGGGCCCUCUUAUCCCUGUUUGUCCCCAGGCGCAUAGCCUUGAACGUCAUCGUCAAGUGGUUGCCCCAGCUAACCAGACUUGGCCUAUUUCCCAGUUUCCCCUUCAGCUCCGCAUUCUUGCUCUCUCAACACCAGUGUAGCGGUCUAGAGAAGGGCAAAUCAUGUCGUCUUUUCGCCUGUUGAUUGAAGAUGGCCAGUUCCGUGAUGGAUACGGUCGACAAGUAGUCCUCCGUGGUAUCAAUCUCGCAGCCGAUGCCAAACUCCCGAGCGAACCCGAUCAACCAUCUCACAUUCCCACUGACUUCUUCGAUGGCGAUAAUGUAACAUUCCACCAGCGUCCUUUCCCCAAAGAAGAUGCACGAUCUCAUUUUGCGCGCCUCAGACGAUACGGCUUCAACACUAUCCGCUACAUCUUUACCUGGGAGGCACUCGAGGCCGCAGGACCUGGGAAAUACGACGAAGACUUCAUCCAACAUACGAUUGAUAUUCUGAGAAUAGCAAAGGAGUAUGGAUUCUAUAUAUUCAUGGACCCUCACCAGGACGUUUGGUCUCGUUUCACUGGUGGUUCGGGAGCCCCGUUAUGGACUAUAUAUGCAUGCGGCCUCAACCCUCAGAGCUUCGCCGCGACUGAAGCAGCAAUUGUUCAGAAUACAUAUCCCAACCCUGAUGAGUUUCCAAAAAUGAUCUGGUCAACGAACUACUAUCGACUUGCAGCUGGUACCAUAUUCACCAUGUUUUUUGCUGGCAAAGACUUUGCUCCAAAGUGUAUAAUUGACGGUGUGAACAUCCAGGAUUAUCUGCAGGACCAUUUCAUGAGAGCAUGCGGUCAACUUGCCCAGCGAAUUCACGAGGCAGGCGAUCUGGAAGAUGCCGUUGUCAUUGGCUGGGAGAGCAUGAACGAACCAAACAAGGGCAUGACUGGCUAUAAGGAUCUUACUGUGAUCCCUAAAGAGCAUCCUUUGAAGAAGGGAACCUGCCCAACAAUGUGGCAGACGUUAUUGACUGGAAUGGGACGAGCGUGUGAAGUUGAUACCUGGGAGAUGGGCGGCCUUGGCCCUUACAAGACUGGCACAAAAUUGGUUGACCCCCAUGGCGAGGUCGCAUGGCUACCAGCAGACUAUGACGAUUCAAGAUAUGGUUGGAAGCGCGAUCCUGGCUGGAAGCUUGGCGAGUGUGUCUGGGCACAGCACGGAGUUUGGGACAUGGAGACCGAUACCCUCCUUCGCAAGGACUAUUUUGCCAAAAACCCGAAUACCGGUAAGGUCAUCGAUUAUCCGCAAUUCACCAAUACCUAUUUCAUGGACUUCUGGCGGAAAUAUGUCAAAAUUUGCCGUGCCGUCCAUAAGGACUGCAUUAUGCUUAUGCAGUUUCCUACACUCGAAUUACCGCCCGAGAUCAAAGGGACGGAAGACGAGGAUCCUCGAAUGGCGUUCACACCGCAUUACUACGACGGUAUCACACUCAUGACAAAACACUGGAAUAGCACGUGGAAUGUUGAUGUGGUCGGAGUCUUGAGAGGCAAGUACUGGCAUCCAGCGCUGGCGAUCAGGAUCGGAGAGACGGCUAUUCGAAACUGUCUCCGUGACCAGCUCGCAACACUGAGACAAGAGGGCCUUGACCGUAUAGGAAAGCACCCCUGCGUGUUGUCAGAAUUUGGUAUUCCCUAUGAUAUGGAUGACAAGAAAGCCUACAAGACAGGCGACUAUUCGAGCCAGUCGGCGGCAAUGGACGCCAACUACUUUGCAGUUGAAGGAUCUCAGAUCGAAGGGCAUUGCUUAUGGACAUACUGUGCGAGAAACGAUCAUCUAAGGGGAGACUUUUGGAAUGGAGAGGAUCUGUCCAUCCUUUCGCUGGAUGACAAACCACUUCCAGAAUCCCCCGUUCCCGAAUAUUCGCAGUCGUCGCUGGAUCUGGCGAGGACUGCGACCGUGGCAAACACGAAGAAGGAUGUGGCUGAUGAUCGAAAUGUUACACCCGACAACCUCAAACGGACACUCACCAAUCCGUCGAUCAGCUCCGCGCCCUCAGCCAAGGAUCCUCAGCUAACCAACGCCCCUGGCUUCCGCGCAGCUGAGGCUUUCGUGCGCCCUACGCCGACGGUGGUAUAUGGUGACAUUGUGUCCACCGGAUUUGAUUUGCGACAGUGCACAUAUCUUCUCAAGGUCAAGGCACCAAAAGCAGCACCAGAUGAGUCGCCUACGAUUGUGUAUUUGCCUGAGUACCAUUUCCCCAAAGAACAGUGCGAGGUGGCUGUGUCCUCAGGCAAGUGGGAGCUUAGCACAGAUGACGAAGAGGGCACAACACUGCAGAAACUCAAGUGGUGGCACGCAGAGGGAGAGCAGAGCCUCAAGAUCUCGGGUCUCGUGCGGAAGCACAACGUUCCUGUAGGAUCCGAGGAGGAUGCUGGCUAUCUUGAGCAAUGCCAGCAAGGCUACGGAUUCAAUUUUGGAAGCUGCAGUGUUAUGUGAGCUGAGCCUUGUUUGAGACAAGGCGCGUAUAC